UUGAGUGUUGACUGACAUAACAACUUUUCCCAAAUGCGUGUCAGGCAGCUGUUGCUGAGGAGGUAACCGGCAGUCAGGACUUUAAUUAAUCAACCACUGGAAAAUCAUCAGGAUGCGAGAGAUAGUACAUAUCCAGAUCGGGCAGUGUGGUAAUCAAAUUGGGGCCAAGUUCUGGGAAGUCAUUGGUGAAGAACAUGGAAUUGAUCUCAAAGGGAAUUACAUUGGAGACUCGGAUGUCCAACUUGAGAGGAUAAACGUGUAUUUCAAUGAAGCACAUGGUAACAAAUAUGUACCCAGAGCAAUCCUGGUGGACCUGGAGCCGGGAACAAUGGACAGUAUCCGAGGCAGCCAUAUUGGUCACAUGUUCAGACCAGACAACUUCAUUUAUGGUAAUUCAGGCGCUGGAAACAACUGGGCUAAAGGUCACUACACGGAGGGCGCCGAGCUGGUGGAGAAUGUCAUGGAUAUAGUGAGGAAUGAGUGUGAGAGCUGUGACUGUCUACAAGGCUUUCAGAUCACCCACUCGCUGGGAGGAGGAACAGGUUCAGGCAUGGGCACGCUCAUCAUGAACAAAAUCCGAGAGGAAUACCCCGACAGAAUUAUGAACAGCUUCAGCAUUGUCCCUUCGCCAAAGGUCUCAGACACGGUGGUUGAACCAUACAAUGCCACCUUAUCCAUUCACCAGCUGAUCGAGAACACAGACUCCACCUUCUGCAUUGACAACGAGGCUUUGUACGACAUUUGCUUUCGAACCUUGAAGUUGGCCACACCAACCUAUGGAGACCUGAACCAUCUGGUUUCGAUGACAAUGAGUGGUGUCACCACCUCCUUGCGUUUCCCUGGACAACUCAACGCAGACCUGAGGAAGCUGGCAGUCAACAUGGUGCCAUUUCCCCGCCUGCAUUUCUUCAUGCCUGGCUUUGCCCCUCUGACGUCCCGUGGCAGUCAGCAGUACCGCUCACUGACAGUGCCAGAGCUCACCCAGCAGAUGUUCGACCCCAGGAACAUGAUGGCGGCCUGUGACCCUCGCCAUGGCAAAUACAUGACGGUGGCAACAAUCUUCAGAGGCAGGAUGUCGACCAAAGAGGUGGAUGAGCAGAUGUUAGCCAUCCAGGCCAAGAACAGCACCUACUUCGUGGAGUGGAUUCCCAACAACGUCAAGGUGGCUGUGUGUGACAUACCACCACGGGGUCUGAAAAUGUCAUCCACCUUCAUAGGGAACAACACUGCAAUCCAGGAGCUCUUCAAGCGCAUCUCAGAGCAGUUUUCAGUCAUGUUCCAGAGGAAAGCCUUUCUGCACUGGUACACAGGAGAGGGCAUGGAUGAGAUGGAGUUCACAGAAGCAGAAUGUAACACCAAUGAUUUGGUGUCUGAAUACCAACAAUACCAAGACGCUACUGCAGACCUUGAAAUAGAAGAGUACGAACCGGAAGAGAAAGAGGCUGAACUGACCAAAUAAUUAACAGAGAGGACAAUUUAAAGAGAUUAUACCAUUGGACCAACAAAGGAUUUGAUCUUGAGAGCAAUGUAACUGUGAAACUAACACUC